AUGCAAUAAGAUACUAAUAGUGCUUUGGAAAUGACUGAUGGAUAAUUGCAAUUAUAGCCUGUCUAAAUUGAAACUAAAUAAGUUGUAUAUACAUAAUCCAUGAUUACAACAUAGCCUCAACCAUACUAUCCUCCUCCUCCUCCUCCACCCUCUAAUCCUCAAGUAAAUAUUGUUGUUUAGACUGCUCCUUAUUAACCUCCCCCUCCUUAGGAAGUAAUAGUAGUGAAUACUUCAUUAGGGAAUACUGCAUUACUUUGUAAUCAAUCAAGAUUUCCAAUAUUGAUGACUUGUCCAUACUGUUCAAAGUUGGGGACAACAAGAAUUAACUUCCUACCAGGAGCAGGAACAUGGUGUUGUUGUUUCAUAUUGCUUUUAUUUGUAUGGGUAUGCUUCUGGAUUCCUUUUGUGUCUGAAAAUUGUCAAGAUGCGAAUCAUAUGUGUCCAAACUGUGGGUAACUUGUUGGAACAUGUCUUUACAAAGUGUGCGGAUGAAUAUGAUUUAAAUGUUAUUUGUAUUUGUUUCUAUCAAUGCAAUCUAUGUA